GCAUUUUCAUUAGAGACAACCCAAGUUUCCUCCCAUUGACUGUUUGUCUUUCUUUCCGAGCGGCCUGACCUGAGAGAAAUUUCGACCUGAGGAUGGCUCUUCUCGACUACCCUGUUCCACGAGUGGAUGUGACCUUUCAGGAAGUUUCCCGCGUCCUCCAGCUCUCUUUAAGCCCCGAUCGUUUUGCCGACUUCAAAAGCACCCUCGAGAAGCAGAGGUCAGCUCUUGAAGAGGCCCAGCAAAACUUUGCAUCCAUUAUUACAGGCCAAGAGAAUUGGGUGACGCAGAAUUUCAAGAAAAAUCUGCUCUCCUGUGCGGACCCGCUAACAACGGCCACAGCCCUUCCCAUUGUUCUUCUACCAUCCAAAACAAAGGGAUGCGGCCAGCUAAUGAGAGCAGCCGCUCUGCUUUGGGCAGCGGCAAAGCUGUAUUGUGAGCCAAACAUGCUGGAGGGCGACGUGCCUUUGGAGCAAACCCAGCAAUCGGAGGUUUUUGCUGCCACCCGAAUUCCUGGCAAGAGUCAUGAUGAAAUUAAGGUGUACCCGGAAAGCAUUCACGCCAUUGUCACUUGUGCUGGGGGCGUAUUUUCGGUUGACAUACUACAGCGUUCCAGCGCAGACGGGCCGUUAUCUGCUCGAUCCUUCCUUGCUAUCUACAAGCAGCUGGCAAAGGUGCUGGAGCAGCCCGGCCCCGGAAAUGAGAGCGACCCCUUGGCCAUUUGUAGAUUCUCUGCGUUGGAGCGCAAGUCCUGGGCCGCCAUCAGGGAAGAGAUCAUGCAGAAAGGAGGAGCUUCUGCAACAUCACUGAAGCUAAUGGAGAGCGCCGUGUUGGCAUUAAGUCUGGAGGACUGUUGCGCACCUUCCGAAUUGGCGGACAUCCUCAAAGCAGUGAGGCUGGGAGGCGAAGGAGAUGGUCCCUGCCUGAGAUACUAUGACAAGGUGCUGAAUCUGGUGGUGUUCAAGAACGGCACAGCCGGCAUGAUGUUCGAGCACUGUGCUGUGGAUGGGAUGGUGGUGAGCCUCGUCACUGAGAGCGUAUACCAGUUGUCCGAGACGGCCGAUUUUAGCCUCGUCCACACCGAUGCGGAUAAAGUCAAUGGCUCUGCCACGGUGGAUGACGUGACUCCUUCACCCCCGACAUCCUUAACAUUUACUUUUCACCCCGCGCACGGCGCCGACCCGUGCCCCGAUUUCAAAUCCCCAAAUCCCGUUCUCACUUUCGAUGUGCCGUCUUAUCCCGAUGUGUUUUCAACUCUCAGAAACCAAAGAGGCCUCUAUGACGCUUGGAUCAACUUCUCUUUACAACUUUCCCUGAAGCAGACUUUGGGGGAAUCCGCCGCCGCUCACAUGCUUGUCACCCCCACCCAUAUGCGGCACUUCAAACACGGCCGUUGCGAUCCCACCUACUCGGUCACCGCGAAGUCGCGCAGGUUAGUGGGUGUCUUGGCAUCGAGCAACACAAUGCAAUGCACGGAUGAGCUUUUAACUUUGUUCCAUGUUGCAUAUUUGGAACACAAGGCUCUCAUAAAAAACACCAAAACCGGAACUGCUGUAGGUCCGCAUGUAGCUGCCCUUCGCCAAAAUUUACCGAAUGACAACCCUUUGAAAAAGUUUCUCAGCCCCUUUGGGUGUCCGUCUGUGUACCUCACCGGUACCGACCUGAUGGAGGGACUGGAGUGCGGAGUUGGAAACGUUUAUGCCCAAGAUCAGCUUGCUGUAACCUACCUUGGCAAAAAGGACAAGGUUCGAAUUGUGCUUAACGCCAAAGGUAGCUUUGCUUUGGUACUGGACAAGCUUCAGGAAAGCCUGAAGGCAAACUUGAAGUUUGUGAUGAUUUUAGCUCUUAAAUACGCAAUCGCUUGUCAAAUGGGAGCUCUGGAGUGUCUCCUCAAAGAAAACCAAACAAAGAACAUGAAUGGCGAGACGAAUCACUUUCAGACGAGUACCGGCGCUGACAUGAGUUCGGACUACACUCUGUUAAUCCACGGCGGCGCUGGAGAAGGAAUGAUGCUGGACGCGCAAGUGCUGAAUGUCAUCGAAUUUGCUCUGCAAACGGCUUUAAAGCUCGGAUCGCAAGCGCUUCAACGCGGCGGGGCGAGUCUGGAUGCGGUUCAAAGGUCGGUCGAAGCCCUGGAAGAUUGCUUUCUCUUCAAUGCGGGUAAAGGCUCAGUUUUCAACAGAGAGGGCAAGAUUGAAAUGGAGGCCGCCAUCGUCGACGGCAAUCGAAUGAGAUCUGGAGCCGUCGCCUGCGUGCAAUGUGUAAAGAACCCCAUCAAAGCGGCUCGGUGUGUCAUGGAAAAAAGCUCACAUUGCCUGAUUGUGGGAGACGGCGCGGAGGAAUUGCUGCGAGGCUUGCAAGAAGAGGCAAAACCCAUCAAGCCUGACUACUUCCACACCGAUCUCCGUCACAGAGAGUUAGCCGCGAAGCUCAACGGCGCCAAUCCUUCCAAAAACAAUCACCCGCAAACCGUCGGGGCCGUGGCGUUGGAUCGUCAGCGCGGCUUGGCUGCCGCAACAUCCACGGGCGGGUUGGUGGGGAAGCUGAAAGGGCGAGUUGGUGAUACGGCGGUCGUCGGAGCGGGGAUAUACGCUGACGACGCGUUAGCCGUUAGCUGCUCCGGAGAUGGAGAUGUGUUUUUAAGACACACCGUGGCGCAAAAAAUCGCCAGCCUCUACCACCACAAAGGCUUUAGUCUCAGACAGGCCUGUAGAGAGGUGAUGACAGAAAACCUGAAAGAUGUUUGCGCGGGGGUCAUCGCCGUCGACGCCAAGGGGAAUCACGUUGUCGAAACGAAUGCUGCCGUCAUGUUUGUGGCCUCCAUGGUAGGUGGAAUAUCGAGAGUCGAGGUGCUUCGACCCCUCAAGAACGUCUCUCACGCCAUCUGGGAAACCGAUGAGCUGGUUGCAUAUCUGAAUGCCAACCCUUGGACCCCCGGGUCAACUAUUUUGACCAGGAAGACUCUCAGUGGGGCCCAGAGCAUCUUUCAUUUGGCUGAACCUGAUUUUGUGUCUCUGCUACAAGAAGCGAAAUCUGUCUCCGAAAUUCUGUGUGACAAACUCGCCGUGCAACGUUGCGCUUUGGUUUUCUAUCCCAGCCCCAAUCACCCGGCACAAAUCCGACUGCUACCACUUCACGGCUUAGGGCCAAAGUGGCAGGCCCAUCUUGCCAGCCAAGACGAAGUGUACUCCUCCAACCCGGGAUACUGUAACUCUAAAAAUGGCCCACGUUGGGAUGACGAAGCACUGGACAAGGUUCAAACCCAGAUACGGAAUGGAUUACCAACAUCAAAUGCUCCCUCCAGCUUUGAAUUUUUGGGUCCUCACUCCCAUGACAACCUGUUUAGUCGGAUUGUACGGGGAGAGGAGCAACAUUGGAGAGUCUGGGAAGAUGAUCAACACGUUGCGUUCCUAACACCCUACCCAAACACGCCGGGGGUAACCGUCGUGGUGCCACGCAAACCGCUGUCCAGUGACAUCUUUCGACUGGAGGGAAGCGACUACAAAGCUCUGAUCUUGGCAUCUUAUAAAGUGGCCCGACUGCUGGAAGAAGGAAUGGGAGCUCAAUGCGCGCUCAUCUUUGAGGGCCUUCAGAUCGAUUACGCUCAUACCAAGCUGAUCCCCUUGCUACCUCCCCCGGAAGGCCUGAAAAUCGCCGGCCCCCAAACGGAAUUCUUCCUCAAAUACCCCGGAUACGUUUCCUCACUGGAUGGUCCGGCCGCCGACCCGGAUGACCUCAAAACCCUCUACUCCCAAAUCACUCAGUGCCGGCCCUCGCGAUCAUGGGAAGACCCCGAGUCCCACUCCACGCACGCUAUCACGUGCCAGUGGUAUCGCAACCUGUUCCAGAUACAGAACACCCUUUUCCACAGCACGGUGGAAUAUUUCAGCAAUUCCUGUCAGUACUCCUACGCCCUGACGCCUCUCACGACAGACACCAUCUCCUCCCCGAUGGGUCUGGGGUCUGAUUCCGAGCCGGUUUCUAUUCACCUCUUGGGUCAAGACAUCCACCUAGCAGACUCGAUGCAAUUUGUUCUGGAGUAUUUCCUCCGCUUCCAGGAUAACCUGCAGGGGGCCUACUACAUAUCUCCCAGCUUCCGAGGAGAAGAUCCCGACGCCACACACUUGAACCAAUUCUACCACGUGGAGUGUGAACUGUUGGGUGACAUGGACCGCGCCAUUUCAAUAGCAGAGGGAUAUUUGUAUCAUCUCACCAAGUCCAUGCUGAAGAGACACUCGAAGAUCAUCCUCAACACCGCUGGGACCCUCACACAUGUCACACUCCUGCUGAGUAAAUUGGAUGGAAAAAAACAACUACCACGAGUCUCUCUGGACCAAGCCAUUCCGAUGAUGCCUUCUGCCGAUUGCUUGGAGUGGGUCCAAGAAGGUCAGCCGCAGUUUGGGAGAAAGCUGACGCGCAAAGGAGAGCGGCUGUUGAUAGAAAAAUACGGGGGCCCCGUUUGGCUGACUGAGAUGGACCAUCUCUCGGUUCCCUUCUACCAAGCCUAUGUGGAGGGCAGCGGGCGAGCCAAAGCCAAGGCCGCGGACCUUCUGCUGGGUUUGGGAGAGACUUUGGGUCUCGGCGAACGUCAUUCCACCUCUUCCAUGGUACAGGAAGCCCUCGGGCACCAUGCGGUUCCGCAGCAGACUUAUAAGUGGUACAUUGACAUGCGCGAGGUGAAGCCGCUUCUUACCAGUGGGUGGGGGAUGGGGACGGAGCGAUACUUGUGUUGGCUGCUUCAGCAUAAUGAUGUCCGAGAUACGCAGAUUAUCCCGAGACUCAAAGGACAUAAGUAUAUGCCAUGAUCAUCAGUGGGCUAACCGAUUAAAGAGAAAUACAAAGCGUCAACUAUCAAUCAUAUGUAGCAUGCCUCGAUGAUGCCAAAUAUUAAAAUUUCCAGCUGAUUUGUGUGAUAUUUAUUUCCAAAUGUUCAUGUUUCAAUGGCAACAAGAACCGCUUAACCCUUUGUUUCUUCUACAGUUUGGCAGAAAUCAACGAUGCAUAUGUUGUGAAAGGAAUCACUUAUUUAAAUGUUUCCAUCAGUUGAUUAUUUUCAUCUUAUGCAUGAAUUUUCAAGAUCUGUGUCAGUGAAAGUUGCCUCUUUUAGUCGUACCAACUAUGUUUCAGAAUGGACAAAGCAUUUAAAGACAGCAUACAUGUCAUAGCGACCUUUUCUCUUGUGCAAUGACUUUUUAGGUGGCUCAUUUUUUUAAUCAAAGUCAAGUUUUAAUGUGAACUGAAUGCUCCUGCAACUCAUCUCAACUCACCAUCUUCGAAAUAUUUGUACGUGCAACUUAAAAGACAAACAUUUUCACUGUUGCUUUCAUCAAGGAAAUAAAUAAAUAUGAAUCUGUCUUAA